AUGGAUAACGAUGUUUUUUCCUCAACGAGAUUACAUGAUAGUAAUGAUGUAACGUUACACAAUAGUAGUAAUACAAGUACAACAGAUGCAUUAGCUAAUUCAGAAACAUUAUUAUUAUCACAAAAUGAACGAUUAACACCGAUUGAACCAAUACAUAAAAAAGACAUUAUUAUAACACCACAAAGUGUGAAUAGCAGCGAUAAUCCAGUAUUAAGUAAUGUCAUGAAUGACACAAAAAAUGGUAUUGCUGAUAGAAGUAGAAAUGAUAGUAAUAUAAUCGAAAAUGGUAUUAAUGGUGAUGCUGAUGAUAGUCGAACGACGAUGGAUGAUGUCUAUCAUGAAGGGUAA